UCACACACAAUUACAUAUUGUGUUCGUAAAUGUUCGUUUGUUUUUCGGUGGACUGAGGAGGAAAACACAAUCAUAAUAUUAGUUUAUAACUUAGAUUAAAGAUGUUGUUAUGGACUUUAAUAUUGUUGUCAGCUGUAGUGUCAAGUUUCGGCGAUGAGGCCGAGUGGCGAGAGGUUAAAACUUUUCAAGGGACGGUGCGCGGGCGCAGGGAUCCCGAGGGAGGCCUGUAUGGCUUCUACAGUAUACCUUACGCCACGGCGCCUAGAGGAGCAGACAGAUUCAAGGAAGCGCUUCCAGGACCAGUAUGGUUACAAACGCUAGACGCUGUCGACAAACGCAUCAUAUGCUGGCAGGCGAAGACCAAGUACAUAAAUGUAGAAAAUCAAACCAUGCACGAAGACUGUCUUCAUGUAAACGUCUUUGUUCCCGACACGGAAGAGAAAAAACUACCCGUCAUAGUAAUAGUUCAUGGAGGUGGAUUCGCUAUUGGAUAUGGAAAUAUGAUGCCAAUUAAACAACUUGUAAAGGAAAAGAAAGUCAUAGCCGUCACGUUUAAUUACCGUUUGGGAGUUCAAGGGUUCUUGUGUCUAGGCACGAAUGACGUACCAGGUAACGCUGGGCUUAAGGACCAAGUAGCUUUACUCAAAUGGGUAAAGAAAAAUAUCGCCCGAUUCGGAGGCAACCCCGAUGACGUCACAAUUUCAGGAGGCAGUGCUGGUUCAAUUUCUGUAAAUUUGUUGAUGCUGUCAAACUCCGCGAAGGGGCUAUUCCAUAAAGUUAUCCCGGAAAGUGGGGCUAGCGUAUCAUCUAUUGCAGUUCAAAUCGAUCCAUUAGCAAACGCGAAAGCUUUUGCAAAAAGGUUGAAUUUUACUGAAGUUGAUGACUUCCACGCCUUGAAAGCAUUUUAUAAAACUACCCCACUGGAAGAAUUGAUGCUUGAUGUAAUUAGUCCUGUAAAAGACAUAUCAAAUUUGUUUUCUGCUUGUGUGGAACGAAAAACAGGUAGUUCAGUUUUUCUUACUGAUAGUCCAAUCAAUAUUAUCAAACAAGGUAAAUACAAGAAACUGCCCGUUUUAUUCGGAAUAAGCAACAUGGAAGGUUCGAUAUACGUAGAUUAUUUUGAGACUUGGAAAAAUGAAAUGAAUGAGAAGUUUUCAAAGUUCUUACCAAUUGACUUACAAUUCGAGAAUGAGGAAGAGAAGGACGAGAUCGCGAGAAGAGUAAAACAAUUUUACUUCGGCCCCCAUCCCGUGAAUAACCAAAACAUACUCGCUUAUGUAGAAUACUUUAGCGACGUCUUAAUGGGCUACCCAACUUUUAGGACUGCUAAACUUCAAGUAGAAAGUGGUAACAAUCAGAUAUACUUAUAUGAGUAUGCUUUUGCGGAUGAGAGUUUUCCUGCAGUGCCGCACACGGACGUGCGUGGAGCCCCACAUUGUGGCCAGACGACGGCAGUGUUCGAUGGAAUCGUUUUUGUAAGCAAUGACGAAAGUGCCCUGUCACCAGCAUUUAAAAGGAUGAAAACUACAAUGAGAGAAUUGUGGCAUAACUUCAUAGUACACGGGAAACCAGUGCCGGAGGGAUCACCGUUCCCAGCGUGGCCGGCAGCAGACGCCAGUGGGAACCCGCAUAUGUCUUUGGAUCGAGUGUUGGAACUGCGAGGACCAUUCCUGGACAAACGUAUGCAGUUAUGGGAUGAUAUCUACGACAAAUACUACCGAGAACCAAUGUCUCCGCCAGAGCCACCACCAGAGAAACACACAGAGCUGUGAACAAGACUCUUAAUAGUUAAAUUAAGAAAUCGUCUUCGAAAGACUAGGUACAAUGAUUUAUCAGACAAAAUAAAAAAGGUUUUCUAUAAAAGUCUUUGAAUACAAAAUGAUUGUGCUCAUCAAAUAAUACCAGUAUUAUAACUAUAAUCAUCUAAAUGUUUGUAUACUCCAUUAUUUCGCGCACUGGUAUUCUAGUUUUGAUCGCAAUAAAGGUUUGUAACACACUAA